AUGGAGAUUUCAUCAAUUUCAAAUGCUGAGAAUCAACCAGCUGAUCAACCAGCAGCCAAGAAAAGGCGGAAUCAGCCCGGAAUGCCCGAUCCAGAUGCAGAAGUGAUAGCUUUAUCCCCAAAAACACUGCUAGCAACCAACAGAUUUUUGUGUGAAAUCUGUAACAAAGGGUUUCAAAGAGAACAGAAUCUGCAACUCCAUAGACGAGGCCACAAUUUACCAUGGAAACUCCGGCAAAGAACCGGCAAUGAAGUGAAAAAACGAGUAUACGUAUGCCCAGAAAUCUCUUGCAUUCACCAUGAUCCGUCAAGAGCCCUCGGCGACCUCACCGGCAUCAAGAAACAUUUCUGCCGGAAACACGGCGAGAAGAAGUACAAAUGCGAAAAAUGUACAAAGAUUUACGCCGUUCAUUCUGAUUGGAAAGCACACAUGAAAGUUUGUGGCUCCCGUGAGUAUCGGUGUGAUUGCGGAACCUUGUUUGCAAGGAAGGAUAGUUUUAUUACACACAGAGCGUUUUGCGAUGCAUUGGCUCAAGAGAGUACGAGGUCUCAAAGCUUGAAAGUUCAGGUUGUUAACGGAGUCUCUUCCAGUCCACAUCUACCGCCUCUUACUCCGUCGUCUACCGGAGUACUAUCUCCGGUGCUAUCCAUUCAAAGCUCAGCAGAAUUGCCUGAAAAUCCAACUGUUCAUUUUCAACCGCAACCCGGAACAGCCACAUUGUCUACUUCAAUCACCACCGCGACCACCACAACUGCCAUUGCCGCUACUGCCAAUGGUGGCUCCUCCACCUAUAACAGAAAUAUUAAUGGCAGCAGUGGAGUAUUUGCUAGUAUAUUUGCUUCAUCUACCUUGGGCGAACUGGCACAACCAUCCCAUCCUCCCUCAUCGUAUUCUGACUUACUGUGUGCAAUGGCUGGAUCGGAGUGCUCGACCAUUGAUCCCAUAUCGCUCUCACUGUCAUCUUCUUUGUAUCUCUCUACUAGUGCAGCAUCUUUGUUCCCGACUACGUCCCAGGAUCCGUAUAGGCAUUAUGCAUCAAGUCCACAACCAGCACUGUCUGCAACUGCAUUGCUUCAGAAAGCAGCCCAAAUUGGUGCAACAUCAGCCAACUCCUCACUUCUUCGUGGCCUCGGGCUUGCAAUGUCAUCUUCAUCCGAUCCUCAGGAUAACGUCUCGAUGCCAGCUUCUGCUACUAUUACUGCCCCUUCCCCAUCACAUUGGAACAUUCACAUGCAGCUUGAAAACAGUUCAUUUGAUCCUGGUCUUGGGUUGGGUAUUCCUUCCAAUUGUUCUUCGGGUUUGAAUGACUUGAUGGUCGGCCCAUCAACGUCACUCUUAAGUAACAAGCCGACGACUCUAGAUUUUCUUGGCCUGGGAAUGGGUGUUAGUGAAGGCUCUUCUGGUGAGUUUUCGGCCUUCUUGACCUCGAUAGGAGGUGGACUUAACGCGGCUGCUGCUUCCGUUGGUGGUGGUGGUGCAAGCUCUGCUGGAGAUGCUUGGGAUGAUCCUUCUGAUAGGAAGACUCCUUUGCUAAAGUAG